AUGGGCAAGAUGGACAACACCUCUGUGGAACUGAGCUCUCCCUCCGAGGUGAAGCAGGCAGCCCUGGAGGAGUCAGCGCCCAUCGCCCCCGAGGCUGGGAACACCAAGAAGAAGAAGGAGAUCCCAGACAGAGGCUCCUGGAAGGGGCGAUUUGACUUCUUGCUGUCCUGCGUGGGCUAUGCUAUCGGCCUGGGCAACGUCUGGCGCUUCCCGUAUCUCUGCGGCAAGAAUGGAGGAGGGGCCUUCCUCAUCCCCUAUUUCCUGACGCUGGUGUUUGCUGGGAUUCCUCUCUUCCUGCUGGAAACAGCUCUGGGCCAAUAUACCUCUGUGGGCGGACUGGGAGUAUGGAAAUUAGCGCCCAUGUUUAAAGGCGUGGGGCUGGCUGCUGUGGUCCUCUCCUUCUGGCUGAACAUCUACUACAUUGUCAUCAUUGCCUGGGCUCUCUACUAUCUCUUCAACUCCUUCACCGCGGACCUGCCGUGGCAGAGCUGUGGGAACACCUGGAACACCGACCGCUGCUUCUCCAACUACUCCCUGAGCGACACCACCAACCUCACCAGCGCCGUCACAGAGUUCUGGGAGAGGAACAUGCACCAGAUGUCUGGGGGCCUGGGGGAGCCCGGCACCGUCCGCUGGCCCCUGGCCGGCACGCUGGCCCUGGCCUGGCUGCUGGUCUACUUCUCCAUCUGGAAGGGCGUGGAGUGGACAGGCAAGGUGGUGUAUUUCUCAGCCACCUACCCCUACUUCAUGCUCUUCAUCCUCUUCUUCCGGGGAGUCACACUGCCGGGAGCCAAGGAGGGGAUCCUCUUCUACCUCACGCCCGACUUCAGAAAGCUCUCGGACUCCGAGGUCUGGAUGGACGCAGCCACACAGAUCUUCUUCUCUUAUGGCCUGGGGCUGGGGUCCCUCAUCGCACUGGGGAGCUACAACACCUUCCACAACAACGUCUACAGAGACUCAAUUAUUGUCUGUUGUAUAAACUCCACCACAAGCAUAUUUGCCGGAUUUGUUAUUUUCUCUAUUGUUGGCUUCAUGUCGCACAUCACGAAGAAGUCGAUCUCAGAGCUGGCCUCCUCGGGCCCCGGACUGGCUUUCCUCGCCUACCCACAGGUUGUCACACAGCUGCCCCUGUCCCCACUCUGGUCCAUCCUCUUCUUCUCCAUGCUGAUGAUGUUGGGUCUGGACAGUCAGUUCUGCACUGUGGAAGGGUUCAUUACAGCCCUGAUGGACGAGUAUCCUCAUCUGCUGAGAGCCAGGAAGAAGGUCUUCAUCGCAGUCGUCUGUUUCAUCUCUUAUCUCAUCGGAUUCUCCAACAUCACCCAGGGUGGUAUUUAUGUCUUCAAGCUGUUUGAUUACUACUCAGCCAGUGGCAUGUGUCUUCUCUUUCUCGUCUUCUUUGAGACCAUCUCAAUUUCUUGGUGUUACGGUGUGAACAGAUUUUACAGGAACAUUGAAGAAAUGAUUGGCUACAAACCUUGCAUCUGGUGGAAGAUCUGCUGGGCCUUCUUCACUCCUCUUGUCUGCCUGGGCGUGUUCUUCUUCAGCGUGGUGGAAAUGACUCCUCUGACACUGGGAAAAUACGUCUAUCCUACCUGGGGACAAGGCAUUGGUUGGCUUAUGGCUCUGUCCUCCAUGGUGCUGAUUCCAGGAUACAUGCUCUACUGUUUCUUCACCUCCACGGGGACUCUCCGGCAGCGCUUGCAGCAGAUGACACAGCCCAAGCCGGAGGUGCACGCUCAGAAGAAUGGCCUCCAGCCGAAGACAUCUUUGAACGGGAGGGUCUCGGAUGCCGCUGUCUAG